CCUGCAUCAUCUUCCUCAGCUGCUGCUGCUGCUGCAAACGCCCGCUUCUCCCUGGGGAGACCUUCCCCAGCCUUGGAGGACUGGUUCUCCCCCAGGAAAAGGCCAUGGCAGAGCUGCAGAGGCUGGGGCAGCUUCUCCUCCUCUUCCUCCUGGGCCUGGCCUGCCUCUGGCUGCCCGCCACCUGCCGGAAAGCCCCCAGGCCUCCCCCCUGCCCGCCCAGCUGCUCUUGCACCAGAGACACAGCCUUCUGCGUCGACUCCAAGGCCGUCCCCAAGAGCCUGCCGCGGGAUGUCAUUUCGCUGACCCUGAUAAAUGCAGACUUCAGCGAAAUCAAAGAAGCCGCCUUCGCUCACCUCCCGUUCCUGCAGUUCCUCUUAUUGAAUUCCAACAAGUUUUCCUUGAUUGGGGACAAUGCGUUCACCGGACUCUCCCACCUGCAGUACCUGUUCAUCGAGAACAACGACAUCCAGGCUCUGUCGAAAAACGCCUUUCGUGGGCUCAAGUCCUUGACACACCUAUCUUUGGCCUACAACAAUCUGCAGACGCUGCCCAGAGGCCUCCUGAAACCGCUGGACAUCUUGAGCGACCUUGACCUCCGGGGCAACUCGUUGACCUGUGACUGCAACAUCAAGUGGCUAGUGGAAUGGAUGGAGAGCACCAACACAAGCAUCCCCGCUGUCUUCUGUGGGAGCCCCGCUCAGUACCAAGGCCAGAAGAUCCGGGACCUGCCCCUCAAGGACUUUGACUGCGUCACCACAGAUUUCGUGGUGCACCAGGUCCUGCCUUUCCAGUCUGUGUCCGCAGAGCCGUUCCUGUACUCCAGCGACCUCUACGUGGCCCUGGCCCAGCCCAGUUCCAGCAGCUGCAGCAUCCUCAAGUGGGACUAUGUCGAACGGAAGCUGCGGGACUUUGACCGCAUCCCUGCUCAUUCAGCUGUUUACUGCAAGCCCAUCGUGGCCGAGUCGCAGCUGUACGUCGUGGUGGCCCAGCUCUUCGGCGGCUCCUACAUCUACCGCUGGGACACCAACAUCGACAAGUUCAUCAAGAUCCAGGACAUUGACAGCCAGAAGAUCCGCAAGCCCAACGAUAUCGAGGCCUUCCAAAUCGAGGGCGAGUGGUUCUUUGUCAUUGCUGACAGCUCCAAAGCUGGCUCCACCAGCCUCUACCGCUGGAACCAGAACGGCUUCUACUCCCACCAGGACCUGCACUCGUGGCACCGUGACACCGACGUGGAGUACCUGGAGAUUGACGGCAAGCCCCGGCUGAUCAUCUCCAGCAGCUCCCAGGCCCCCAUCAUCUACCAGUGGAACCGCUCGCAGAAGCAGUUCCUCCACCUGGGCGAUGUGGCAGACGUGAUGGACGUCCAGAUGGUCAAGCACUUCCGGGUCAAGAGGGACAACUUCCUGUGCCUCAGCCGCUACAUUGGCGACUCCAAGGUGGUCAAGUGGGAGGGCCUGCGCUUCACGGAGCUGCAGACCUUGCCCUCCCGAGGCUCCAUGGUGAUGGAGCCAUUCCGUGUGUCCCAGCAUCAAUAUAUGGCCCUGGGGAGUGACUUCUCCUUCACCCACAUCUACCUGUGGGACGAAGAGAAGCAGAAGUUUGCAAAGUUCCAGGAACUCUCUGUGCAGGCUCCCCGUGCCUUCCGCCCCAUCCCUUUGGAGGACAUGGAUAUCCUGCUGGCGCCCAGCUUCAAGGGGAACACAUUGGUUUACAAGCAUAUCGUGGUAGACCUCAGCUUGUAGGGCAGGAAUGGAAUAGCAUCCUCAGUGCAAACCAUGAUGAAAGUGCAAUAGAAAUGAUGUCAGCUGGCCCCUGCCAAUCCAUUCCAAUCCAUUAAACAGGGAGCUCAACAUGAACCAACAUCCUUUGCUCCAUACUUCCUGCCUUGCAACAAAUAAACCCUGAUUCUGCACACACACACACACACACACACACACACACACACACUUUUUAUGGCUCUGCACCAGCAGCUCCCAGCUGACUUCCAGCUGUGCCUCUAACAUCCCAGUUUUUUCUGACUGGUCCAUUAGCUCUUAUUAACCUCUAAACCUACAGCAACUCUCAUCAUAAGAAAGCCGCUUUCUAGCUGUUGUGGACAGAGAGCUAGAAAACAUAACGGUGAUUGGAUUGGGAAUCAGGUAGCAAGUAAAGAGACAUAAAUAUUCAUUACACAACCCUUACCAGAAAUCCCAUGAUUUCUAAGCUCAUUUGCAGAUUUCUGAGGGUCCAUAAAACAUUAUUCCACAUACUAAGAGGAAUAUGCUGGAAGAUAUCACAGGAUCGAGACCAGACAUCCAUCUGGAUAGUGCAACUGAUGCAUACGGUUUAUGAUUAUAUGAAGACAGUUACUAUAUGCAGCUAUUUUAUUAUGCAACUAAAAUAUGUGACUUUG